UGUGAGAGAGAGAGAGAGAGAGAGAGAGUGUGUGUAGCUGUGUUGACAGAGGAAGGCGACAGAGAGAGAGAAAGUUGGUGAGACACUUCGGGAAAGUCGCUCGCGGAGUUUUAAUGUGGACGCACGCGCCGGGAGAUCAAAGCACAAGGAGCGAGAGACCGAAAUGAGGAGCGCGUGCAGGUGGUGUGUGUUAUGGAGUGCAGUGCUGAGCGCAGUGUGUGUGAGCGCUGUCGAAAAGGCCAACAAAACAGUGACUGGUCGACAUCCCCGACAGACAGAAGUGGUGACGCUGGAUGGCGUAUGGGGUCCAUGGAGUGACUGGGCGGCAUGUUCUCAGAGCUGUGGAGUGGGCGUGACUGAGAGGCGCAGACAAUGUUUGCCACCGUCCCAACCCUGGAGUGGACCGAGUUACCUGCCGUCAGGUGUAUCGAACCACUCCCCCUUACGUCCACCUCACAUGCCUUAUUACCCCAACUCAUAUCCUGGCGGUGACAGGGUUUUUCCAGCCAAUCAAAGUCCUGGACUACCUCUCUAUCGAGACACACCUGAAUCAGUAGGGCAGGAGCUGCAGAAUAAUGCACCUCCUCUCUACCAACCGGACGUCGCACCACCCAAUCAGCCAGCCAUUUCGAUUUACCGUUCGCCAUCUUCUUCGUCCUCACAUCCGUACGGCCAAUCGGGGAGAGGAUCCAGAUGGCCAGCCAAUGAGGGGACUGGAAGAGGAGGAGUAGGUGGAAGUAGGAGGUCAGUCUCCGCCAAUAGGGAUCCAGCGUCUGUGAGAAGACAAAUACGUCCUGGUCAGUUCGGUUAUGGCAGGGUGCCGUACUCGCUCCCACUUCACCGGCAAAACCGGCAGGCGCGAAACGCUCGUCUCCACGGAAACACCACCACCGAUCACCUGCAGGUCAAAGGCACUGUGGCUACGCAGGAAGCAGGGAGCCAGCGUGAAGAGAACGGAGAACGGACAGACACAAAGACGAAGGAGAAACCGAGACAGAGACAGAGGUCCAUCACUAGGCGUGCGCCUCCUCAGGCCUCGGCCCCGUUCUCUUCACCUCUCCACAGGCCACACCCACAUCCAGACACACCACUUUAUGCCGCACCUCCUUAUGUUCCGGCCCCUGCGGUUCCGCCUCAGCACUUCAGGUGCUCUGGGAAGGACAGAGAGAUUCGGAAGUGCCCUGUAGAGGCGUGUCCCGGGUCCCAGGUGGACCCCCGAGCCGAGCAGUGCGCCGUGUUCAACACUAAAGAGUUCAUGGGCCGCGUUUACGACUGGGAGCCUUUUACUGAAGGCUCAGUGGAGCAGCAGUGUGAGUUAACCUGUCGGCCAGUCGGCUACCGUUUUUACGUUCGUCAUUCAGAGCAAGUGAAAGACGGGACACCGUGUGUUAAUAACACUCCCAAUGACGUGUGUGUGGGGGGACGCUGCCUCAGCGAGGGAUGUGAUGGCAUGUUAGGCUCGGGUGUGGUGCGUGAUCGGUGCGGAGUGUGUGGGGGGAGUGACGGAUCGUGUGUUCGUGUGUCAGGAAGUUUCCAGAACAACAGCGUUCCUCUGGGAUAUCACAAAAUUCUCGACAUUCCAGCCGGAGCGACAGCCAUCAACAUCACGGAACGCAGUGCCAGCCCCAACUACCUCGCAUUGCGUAGCGGCACUGGUCAGUCCAUUGUGAAUGGUCGCUGGGCCGUGGACCCUCCGGGUGAAUAUAAAGCAGGUGGAACAACAUUUGUCUACAAACGCAACCGCGGAGAAACACUCACCGCUCCAGGACCCACACACUCACAGCUACAGCUCUAUAUUAUUUUCCACAAGGAGAAUCCAGGUGUAGAUUACGAGUACUACAUGCCUGUGAAGAAGGAUGCGCUGAGAGAGUGGGACGGAGGGAGAGCAAGUCUCCGAGAGACCAGUGCUAUAGUAACCAUCGAAGACUCCGCCCCUCCACCUAUCUCUCCUCCUUACACAUCUGAUAGGUGGACGCCGGAGAGGCCACGCCCCCAAAGCUCUGGGUCAAACCGUAAUGUUCGGAUCCCUCCGCGAACCGACAUCCCGCUGGAUAAUCAGAGUCCGUUCAUGUGGAGGCUGGGUCAGCUCAGUAAGUGCUCAGCCUCCUGUGGCAAAGGUUUCCAUCACAGAGAGGUGUUGUGUGUGAACAGACACACUAAUGAAGAAGUGCAUGAGAGGAGAUGCGACUCGGCGACUAAGCCUGUCUCGGAGGACGAGCCGUGUAACGUCCAUCCCUGCCCUCCGUACUGGGAGGUGGGAGAGUGGUCCGAAUGCAGCGUGUCGUGUGGGUGGGGUCUGCAGCACCGUCAGCUCCAGUGCAGGCAGAACUUCUCGAGCCGCUCCACCCGAGUCCACCAUCAGCGCUGCUCCGGUCUGCCGCAGCCCAACACCACCCAGUCCUGCCACACACACUCCUGCUCCCACUGGCAGGUCGCCUCCAACUGGAGCGCCUGUUCGGUAGACUGCGGCGCGGGUAAAAGGACGAGGAAAGUGCGCUGCGUUAGCGACAACGGCGGCAUCGUGAAUGAUGUCGAGUGUAACUCCUGGCCCCGCCCACAAGGAAGUGAAGAUUGUCACAUGGGUCCGUGCGUCUCGAACUGGUACUUCACUGACUGGACGAACACUUGCUCCGCCCCUUGCGGUCCAGGUGUACAGAAGCGUGAUGUGGUGUGUGUGUCGAGCGGAGCAGAUGGCGAGUGUGUGAAGGACAAACCGGCUGAUAUGAAGGCGUGUAACUCGGGGCCCUGCGUGGCACAAGCACACUGGUUCGCUGGACCAUGGGGACAGUGCAGCGCACCUUGUGGGAACGGAACCCAGCGCAGAGACGUGAUCUGUGUUCAGAAGCUGGGGAGCGAUUUCAGCGUGACGCCGGCCAGCGGGUGUGCGCACCUGGAGAAACCGUCCCCCAUCCAGACGUGUGAAGUGGAACCGUGUGAACCACAGUGGUUUACCACAGAGUGGAGCGCGUGCUCCAAGUCGUGCGGUGAAGGAGUACAGACUCGAGAUGUCCGUUGUCUGACCCCGGAUAAACAGCCGAGCUUCGUCUGUGACUCCGCCCACAAACCCCACCCUGAGCAGCUCUGUAACCCCGCCCCCUGCAACCCCUCUCUAGACGAGAGCUGUAAGGACAGACGCUCCAACUGUCUCAUGGUGGUCCAGGCUCGGCUUUGUGUUUACUCCUACUACAAGAUGGCGUGCUGCGCCUCCUGCACCCAGAGCGCUCAGAGAGCCAAACGACACUGACCCCGCCCACUCUCCAGCCAAUCACGUCACAGAGUGACACCGUUUUAAAUCGAGGAAGGGAAUUUGGACAUUAACAUUUUGACGGGUCCGUUUCGACUACAGAUCCGAAAUCCAGAUACACCACAUACACACACUAGCAUCAGUUAAAUUGCCUGGUGUGUUUUACCAUAUUAGGUUUGCAGUGAAGCUUUGAGGCAAAACUUUUUUUAAAUCAAGUUCGCGUUGCUAUGGUGACCUGAAACCUGAACUAAACCUACGGUGAUGAAGAUUCAUAUGAUGAUUUUUCACACUGUACCUUGUAAGUGCACCUAUGUACGGUGUCAGAUUAAAAAUAAGAUAUGGCCAUAGCUGUAUUAUUUAACAACCAAGGGUGCCAUUAUUAUUUCCUAAUUGCACGUAGUGCAACACAUUGUCCACUAUGUAGGGGGUGUUUCGUUUUAGACUGGAGCUAAAUUUUACAUACAGUGCACUUUAUUGGAUAAAAAAAAUAUUGGCACCCCAUGUAGUGCACUUCAUAGAAUUUAUUAAUGCUCUCAUUAAAAAUAUAAGUGUGCUUCAUGGAGCAGAAAAUAAUUACCUUUCUAGUACACUAUAUGGAGAAUUAAUCUUCAUCUUAGUAUAUUAGUGUACUUUAUAGACUAGCAAAUACGCUUUUUACUGGGUAAACAACUAAGUGAACUACAUGGUUCGCCUGUGUAGUGUACUAUAUUUUCAUUAGAGAACCAUUACUGAUUUAGAGCAUUACUUCUUGUAUAAGUGCACUUCAUAGGGUCUAAUUAAACAACUGUGUACUCUGUGUAACUGCUUGUAUGUGACACACUGCAAACCGAGCUACAGUAUAUGUGUGUGUUCAAAUCUUAAGCCAUUCCUGUUUUAACACCUAGACACACACACACACACACACUCUUUCCGCACAGGCUCUUUCCUCAUCUUGUACUUUUUUUCCCUUAAGUUGUAUGUAUGCAUGUAAAUUUUUUUAUCCAUGUAAAAAUUCUCAGCUUGUUUUAAAAGCAUCCUUAUAUAUGAGGGUGUGUGUGAGAGAUUCAGAGCAGAAAGGAUUGUGAUUGGUUAAAAAUGAAAGUGGGGGGAGGGGGGGGGGCAAGGUGUUUUUUUAAAUCACAUUGCUAACUUCAGUAGUGCUCUGAAGCAUCGAGCCCAACAUGAUUUUGUGUGUGUGUGUGUGUGUAUGUGUGUGUGUGUGUUUGAGUGAAAUAACAAAAACGUGUAAAUGUAAAUACGUGUGUGUCUGUGUAUAGUGCUAUAAUCAAAUAUUAGCAGCUAAGAGCUGAAAUAUACUUUUAUAUAUAAAAAAAUGCAGAAAGUUAUUUAUCGAAAAAAAUAUUUACAUAAUUUAUUUUUAUUGCGCAAAACAAAGCAUUUGUUAUUAUCGUCUGAGGUUUAAGGAAAAAAAUGUGAUUGUAAAAUAAUCAUUUUUUUGUCAUUACAAAGAUGGAAAUGCGUGCUAUACGGCUUUACAGUGCUGCAGAAUAAAGAAAAUGGCAAUGCCCCGA